AUGGUGCGCUUCAAGAACCGCUACCUCCUGACCGAGUGGCGCUGGCACGACGGGCGCGUGGACGAGUCUCUGACGGAAUCCGUCAUCCUCGGCAUCCUGCGCCAGUGCGUCGCGGUGAACUUCGGCGACAUCGGCGCGGGCGCGGCGCUUUCGUCGGUGGCGGUCAAGUACUGGAAUCCCGCGACGGGCCUGGGCGUGGUUCGAUGCGGGCGCGACGUGCACAGGGAGGUUUGGUGCUGCAUGACGCUACUGCGGGACGUGAAAGGGAGGUCCAUCACUGUCCGUGUUUUGCACAACGGCGGCACGCUGCGGAGCUCUCAGGCUGCGGCGCUGCGUCACAGCAAG